AAGAUCUGCCUGGGGGAGGCGGCGCCGGAUGAGUUCCACGUGGUGGAGAUCCUGCAGGUGGAGGAGGGGGACACUCGCCCCUCGGUGCCCCUGGCCACGCUGAAGCCAUCUGUGCUGCCCAUGGCCACCCUGGUGGGAGUGGAGCUGACACCCCCGGUCACCUUCCACCUGAGAGCUGGCUCUGGGCCCAUCUACCUCAGUGGGCAGCACAUUUCCAUGAUGCCCAACCUGUCCUGGGCUGAGGAGGAGGAAGAAGAGGAG